CGCCGUCGGCGGGGCCAGUUCACAGCCGCGGAAGAGGCUGGUGUCCCUCUGCGACCACUGCAAGGGCAAGAUGCAGCUGGUGGCCGAUCUGCUGCUGCUGUCGAGCGAGGCGCGGCCCGUGCUCUUCGAGGGCCCCGCCUCCGCCGGGGCCGGCGCCGAGUCCUUCGAGCAGUGCCGGGACACCAUCAUCGCGCGCACCAAGGGGCUCUCCAUCCUCACCCACGACGUGCAGAGCCAGCUCAACAUGGGCCGCUUCGGCGAGGCGGGGGACAGCCUGGUGGAGCUGGGCGACCUGGUGGUGUCGCUGACCGAGUGCUCCGCCCACGCGGCCUACCUGGCGGCCGUGGCCACGCCGGGAGCGCAGCCCGCGCAGCACGGCCUGGUGGACCGCUACCGCGUGACUCGCUGCCGCCACGAGGUGGAGCAGGGCUGCGCCGUGCUGCGCGCCACCCCGCUGGCGGACAUGACCCCGCAGCUGCUGCUGGAGGUGUCGCAGGGCCUGUCGCGCAACCUCAAGUUCCUGACGGACGCUUGCGCCCUGGCCAGCGAGAAGUCCCGGGACCGCUUUGCGCGCGAGCAGUUCAAGCUGGGCGUCAAGUGCAUGAGCACGAGCGCGUCGGCGCUGCUGGCCUGUGUGCGCGAGGUCAAGGCAGCACCCAGCGAGCUGGCGCGCAGCCGCUGCGCGCUCUUCAGCGGGCCGCUGGUGCAGGCGGUGAGCGCGCUGGUGGGCUUCGCCACCGAGCCGCAGUUCCUGGGUCGCGCGGCGGCCGUGAGCGCCGAGGGCAAGGCGGUGCAGACCGCCAUCCUGGGUGGCGCCAUGAGCGUGGUGUCGGCCUGCGUGCUCCUGACCCAGUGCCUCAGGGAUCUGGCGCUGCACCCCGACGGGGGCGCCAAGAUGUCGGACCACAGGGAGAGGCUGAGGAACUCGGCCUGCGCCGUGUCUGAAGGCUGCACCCUGCUAUCUCAGGCUUUAAGGGAGAGGUCUUCGCCCAGGACUUUACCGCCAGUGAAUUCCAAUUCUGUGAAUUAGCACCCACCCACCUGCAACCACCCCCCUUCUUCCACCCCCAGACUAAAGGAAGAUACUUAAUGUCUGCCCCUCUCCAUUUAUACCAAAGAAAUCAUAGCUGAAAGUUCCCUCUCCCCCCUGCCCUGGCCCCGUGUUAAACGCUGGAGAGGAAUCUUCCAGAAGGCAGGGCCGCGCGUCCAAUUUACAGGCACGUCGGAGGGCCCGGUGCGCCGCGUAGGGAGGGACCUGGAGAUGGACGACGCGCAUCUGCUGGUCGCGGUGUUACCCUCGUCCCAACCCAGCCCCUCUUCAGGAAUCCCUCAGCUAAAUUUUAUUAUUAAUUAAUUGGGCAGGAAGGAGGUCAUGGGUUCAUUUCUUUUUUGGUCUUUUUUUUUUCCUAAUUAAAAGAAAAGUUACCUCAGUUUUCACUCCUUAGACAUGGAUGUAGCUACCUUUUUGUAUGUUGUUAUUUUUUUAAGUUGGAUUAGGCGUAUACUUGGUGUGGAAAGGGUAUGACUUUGCCAUGUGAUUUGCAAAUGGGGGAAAAGCUACUGUGAGUGUGUGUUUUAUUUUUUAAUUUACACUAUAGAGUGAUUUUUUUCCCCCCAAUGUCAAGUUUUUACCUUGCAUGUACUGGAGUAUUUAUUUCAUCUAUUAAAAUGUUAUGUUUCUCAGA